AUGGCGAGCGGCGCGCUGCCUCCGGGCGCCAAGUACAAGGAGAAGGUCGGCACGCCGUACCGGCCGAAACGGCUCACGCGCCGCCCCAGCAGGAGGACGGUGGUGGUGUACUCGCUGGUGUUCUUCCUGGUCGUGAUUCUGAUCCCAGUGCCGGGGUUCACAUCCUUCAGAGGGUCGGUCCUGGACCUCAUCAUCCCAGGGCACGCCAUCCCGAAGAGGGUGACGCCGGCCAGGGGCGUUCUGAGGUACAUCGACCCGCUCAUCGGGACGACGAACGGCGGCCAUGUCUUUCCCGGCGCGACGCUGCCCUACGGCAUGGCCAAGCCCGUCGCCGACUCGGCCAACAAGGACGAGAACGCGGCGGGCUACGUGGAGGACAUGAGCUUCAUCAGCGGGUUCUCGCACCUGCACGACUCGGGCACGGGAGGGCGGCCGUCUAUGGGACAGUUCCCCCUGUUCGUGCACCCGGGGUGCCCGGACGACGACGUCGCCAAGUGCAAGUACAUGACCUUCACCCGGCCCGUGAUGCGGUGGCCCCUCUCGUCCAAGGCGAAGCCGGGCUACUUCUCGAUCCGGCUCAAGAACUCGGUGGCGGCCGAGAUGACGGCGGCCGAGCACACGGCGCUGUACCGGUUCCGGUUCCCGGACAAGGACAGCCCGCAGGACGGCCUGGGCAACAGCGUGCCGUACAGCCCGCUGAUCCUGGUGGACCUCAACGACCUGGACAACACGCGGCGCGGCGGCGGGAUCCGCGUCGACGCGGACGGCAUGCGCAUCACGGGCGACAGCACGUACCGGCCCUCGUUCGGCACGGGCGAGUACGACGCCUUCUUCUGCGCCGACUUCAAGGGCGCCGCCGUGCGCAAGGCGGGCACCUUCAUGCAGGACGUGCCCGACGCCGGCCGCCGCAUCCUCGAGCCGGACCCCCAGGGCGACUUCAAGCUGCCCUCCGGGUCGGCCGGCGCGUGGAUCCAGUUCGAGAGGCCGCCCAGGGACGAGAUCCUGUCGCGCGUGGGUUUGAGCUUCAUCUCGCGCGAGCAGGCGUGCCGCAACGCCGAGAGGGAGAUCCCCGGGUGGGACUUUGCCGCCGUGCAGACGCGGGUGGAGGACGCGUGGGCGGAGAAGCUGAGCGUCAUUGAGGUGGACGAGACGGAUAUUGACCCCGCGCUGCUGGUGACUUUCUGGUCUGGGCUGUACAGGACGAUGCUGUCGCCGCAGAAUUACACGGGGGAGAACCAGCUGUGGAAGUCGGAUGAGCCGUACUUUGAUUCAUUCUACUGCAUUUGGGACUCGUUCCGUGCUCAGCAUCCCCUGCUAAGCAUUAUCGACCCUAAUGCGCAGGCCCAGAUGGUCCGAACACUUCUUGACAUCUAUCGAAAUCUUGGCAAGCUUCCAGACUGCCGUAUGGCCUUCUGCAAGGGCUUCACACAAGGUGGCACCAACGCCGAUGUCGUGAUCGCGGAUGCCUUCCUGAAGGGCAUCACCGACGGCAUAGACUGGGAGACAGCAUACGCAGCGGUAGUCUCCGACGCAGAGGAAGAGCCGCUGAGCUGGAACACCGAGGGGCGCGGCAACCUGGUCAGCUACCACGAGCUCGGCUACAUCCCGCACGACGACAUCGACAACAACGGCACGGGCCGGAUCACGCGCAGCAUCUCGCGGACGGUCGAGUACGCGUACGACGACUUCGCCAUCGCCCUGCUGGCCAAGGGCCUCGGCAAGGAGGACGACUACCUCAAGUACAUGCAGCGCAGCGGGAACUGGCGCAACCUGUGGAACGCGAACCAGCGGGACGUGCUGGUGCAGACCAACAAGGACUUCGAGGAGGAGGAGGUCGUGUGGAGCGAGUGGAAGGGCUUCCUGCAGAUGCGCGGCGUCGACGGCAGCUGGAGGUACCACAACACGCGGACGUGCAGCCCGGUGCACGAGAUGCACCGGUGCUACCUGGACACGGGCAUGGGCACGUACGAGGGCAGCCCGUGGCUGUACAGCUUCUACGUGCCGCAGGACAUGGCGUCGCUGAUCCGCGCCAUGGGCGGGCCCGAGCUCUUCACCAAGCGGCUCGACUACUUCCACGAGUCGGGCAUCAUCUACAUGGGCAACGAGCAGUCCUUCCUGCCCGUCUUCCAGUUCCACUACGCCGGCCGCCCGGGGCUCAGCUCGUACUGGGCCCACCGGUAUAUCCCCAGCCUGUUCAACACCACCUUCGCCGGCAUCCCCGGCAACGACGACUGCGCCAUGGGGGCGUUUUCGGGCCUCGCGAUGAUGGGGUUCUUCCCCGUCGCCGGGCAGGACGUUUACCUGCUCACCCCGCCCUUCUUCCGCGAGGUCAAGCUCAGGGCCAGGAACGGCCAGUGGUCCAUCAUCAGGGUGGUCAACUUCGACCCGACGUACCAGGCGAAGUACAUCCAGAGCGCGACGCUCAACGGGAAGCCGUGGACCAGGAGCUGGAUCACGCACGAGUUCUUUGUGAGGGGGGGCGUGCUGGAGUUUGUGGUGGGCACCAGGGAGAGCAGCUGGGGCACGGCCGUUGAGGAUCUGCCCCCGAGCUGGACUGUGAAGACGAUAGCGUAA